AUGACUUCUCUAAAAGCGAAUUGCUAUGUUCCAUGUAUUAUGUUCGGUGAUUUCAAUGAGGUGACGAGUAAUGCGGAGAAAGAAGGGGGUGCUCAUAGAAGUGAGAGGUUAAUGGACUCCCUAAAGGCAUCCAUUGAUAAUUGCCGCCUCCGUGACUUGGAUUUUACUGGGAGUAUUUUUACUUGGGAAAGAGGAACUUCUAUUGCAACCUAUGUUCGUAAAAGACUUGACCGAUUCCUUGCGGAUGAUGGUUGGUGUGCUUUGUUCCCAGAUUUUAUGGUGAGAAAUUUCCCUAUCGAUCAAUCCUAUCAUGCCCCAAUAAUGGCGUCACAAAAAAAGAAGAAUGAUGACAGACCGAAUGAGAGCUCCUUCAAAUUUGAACCCUUAUGGCUUUCGAAGGAUAAAUGCGGUGAAAUUGUGCUUGAUGGGUGGAAUGGUGGUAACAAUCUGAGCAUUUCACAGAAAAUUGGUCGUUGUGGGGAAUUCCUAGCUUCUUGGGUUGCUGUUGAAUUUGGGUCCACAAAAAAAAUCGAGAAGCAAUUGCGAGUUCUUAAACAAAGACAGAUGGAUGGUGCCACUCUAGAGAGAUGUCAAUCUUUGUCCAUUGAGCUUAAUGAUCUGAGAAGACUAGAAGAAUCUUAUUGGUUCGUGAGAGCAAGGGCAAAACGAGCUACGUGA